UAUGUAUUCCCUGUCCGCGCAGCGAUGGCUACGUUGUCUUGGCCAUGCAAAAACAAAGGGGCCGAUGGGAAGUAAGAGACUCGCCUUGGCAGCGUCCUGCCAGUGUCGUGGUGACUCUCCAACAAGAAACAGGUGAAGCAAGAUGGUUCGGUGGCGGACGCUGGUGGUGGGCGCGGUGACAGUGAUACUGCCUCUCGCCUCCGCCCUGGUCACCUACACCUUCGUUUCCAUGGGCUCCGAUCCUGUCACACUGGACGAUACCGGAGCCCUCAUCCUGAUGUUGGCCAUGGCUAAGUUACUACUCCUCUCGACUCAAGGCAUCUUUCCCGUGGACCUGAACAACGUUUUUUACGAUCUGGUGUACCGAGCCCCAAGAGACGCCGAAGAGAGGAAUAACCUCUAUAAGGUGCCAGACGUUGAGGCACUGCCAUGCACUCGGAGGUUUCUGUGUGAGCUUGAGGUAGCGGCGCGGACUAGCGACAACUACUUACCCCGAGGUCCUGAAGAACACGAGGGAAGAAACCCCAACGAGGAAGUCGCACCUGAGGAAGUGGACCCCAUCACUGAGAUGCAGAUCGAAGCCAUCCGUGCUUUGUAUAGAGAGGAGAACCCCACAGGAGAGCUGUCUGACAGAGGCCGUCGGGCGGUGAAGGUAGUGGAAGAGUUGACUGGGUCUGCGUGUGAGUCUGCCUACCGCCUGUGUCCCGGCCGGUACACGUCUGGGAUGGUGUUCCAAGCCAUCUUUGACGAGAUUAAUCUAAAGACCCAUGAACACGACCACUACUUAGAGGACAUAUGAGAGACCACAGUCUUUACAAGACUACAUAGACCAGGACCACCCGCACUACAAACACGUACAGAACAAAAGUAAUGAACCACUCGCAUUACAUAUAUCAACAAAGACAACCUGGGACAGUGGAAUUCCAGGAAAGAAGGCCAAAUGGGAUGAAAUCGGGAAGAAAACAAGAAAGAAGACUAAUUAAUAUACAAGAAUACAAGAGGGACUCUACAGACAAGAAUAGAAGUGAUUGGCCACGAAGACAUGGCAAACAGGAGUCACAUGAGAGAGAGAGAGAGAGAGAGAGAGAGAGAGAGAGAGAGAGAGAGACUGAUGCAAGUGAAUAGACACAGAACGACUGGUAGACAGACAGAGUUAGAAAUGAAACAGUAAAAAUAGAAAGGUAGAUAAAAUAGACCAAUACAAAAUUAGACAAAAAUAUACCCUGAGAAAAACGGACAGUACGGUGAGACAGACAUCAAUGCAGAUAAACACACGCAGAAAGAUGGGUAUAACUAUACUCGCACCUGUGAGAAAUAGCUGAUAGGGUGUGGAAACACAGGGGACUCCCUCAGUGUUACCAUAUCUCCACAGAUUACUGGCUUCAUUUACCAUUUCUUCCAAAAGGUACCUAUUAACGUUAUAGAUAACAGCAAGGACUUAUGUCCGCGACGCCAAGAAUUCCUCCACUGACGGUGUGGUGAAGGAAGCGACAAUCUCGCCUUCCCCCGCUCAUAUGCCACAUUGACUGGGAAAAACAAAACCUUUAUGCAAAAAACACCCUAUGAUUUUUACCUCAGUGGUGGUGUGGAACAAAAGUUCUAAUAAAUUCAGAAAUAACUUCGGAACUACACCAAUUUAUAUAGAAACACAAAGAGAGAGAGAGAGAGAGAGAGAGAGAGAGAGAGAGAGAGAGAGAGGGAGAAGCAGAGGUUACGUAGGUUGAGCGGGGUUAGAGAAAGAAGUAGACGGUGAUAAUGGCCAUUUAUCGAUGCGGCGAGCAUAGAUAGAGAUCGACAGACUAGUAUAGACAUUAUUCGUGUGUGUGUGUGUGUGUGUGUGUGUUUAGACAAUAUAGACUUAGAUACGUCAGGAAUAUAGUGUAGGUUGUAGACUGAAAGCACAAUCGAGUUUAGGCAUCUGAGAUUUUUUUUUUUUUCUAUGGUAUUUUUGUGUACACAAGGGCAUUCUUAUUUUUUCUAUUUAUCUAUUGUAAAAAAUACUUAUACUUCAGUGCGCCUUUUUCCAGUUGAGCUUUAUGUACAGCUGCACAAAGUAAUGAUGCUACAUUGAUACUCUAUGUACAAACUGUCACACAUCCCGGACGCGGCAAGGCAAAUGGGCAAGCCUCUUAUAUGUAGGCCAUGUUCACCUAGCAGCAAGUACGGUACGGGAUGUAACUCGAGGGGUUGUGGCCUCGCUUUCCCGGUGUAUGGAGUCUCAGUCCUACCCGAGGAAGCUCGCUCCGUGAUGGAGAAGGCUGGCUAGGAGACCAACAGGCGACAGUGGUGAGUUUCAGAGAGGGAAAAAAAUCUGAAACUAUUUCCAACUAUCACAUAUCCACUUUUGUUUUUGUCUUUGUGGAAUAUUGUAUUUUCAGUCAUUCUUAUAUUCAUAGACAAUCAUUAAUUAACUGGAUUUUUGUAAUCAUUACUUACAGCAACUAUUUAUACAGAACACUAUGCUUCCCAGUAUGGUUGUGUGUUAAGAGAAGCACCAACGACGACACAAGGUUCUUACAUACUUAAUGUGCUUUGCAUUUUUUUUUUUUUUUUUUUUUUACAUACUGAGGCUGAGAUUGGAAAGAGUUGGGGGAAUAAAGAAAGCAUAUUAAUCUUUUGGAUGUAUAAUGUUGUUGGGUAAGUUCGACGUAAUUUCUUAUAUUAAAUAAAGCUGUUCUGGUUGA